CAGCGCGGCGAUCCCGGCGUGCACCGCGGCGCGCGGAGCCGGCGACCGGGCGGCGGGAGCGGACGGCUGCGGCUUCGCCGGCGGCUGGGGUCGUCAAGGCGGGGACGACAUGGAAGUGAAGGAUGCUAAUUCUGCACUGCUCAGUAACUACGAGGUGUUCCAAUUACUAACUGACCUGAAGGAGCAGCGUAAAGAAAGUGGAAAGAAUAAAUACAGUUCUGGGCAACAGAACUUGAAUACUAUCACCUAUGAAACAUUAAAAUACAUAUCAAAAACACCAUGCAGGCACCAGAGUCCUGAGAUUGUCAGAGAAUUUCUCACAGCAAUGAAAAGCCACAAGUUGACCAAAGCUGAAAAGCUUCAGCUGCUGAAUCACAGGCCUGUGACUGCUGUCGAGAUCCAACUGAUGGUAGAAGAGAGUGAAGAACGGCUCACAGAGGAGCAGAUCGAAGCUCUUCUCCACACAGUCACAAGCAUUCUGCCCGCGGGGCCGGAGGCUCAGCAAAAGACAAACAUCAGCAGUGACGUGGCAAUGGAUGAAGAGGACCCGGCAUAGAGGAGUGCAGCUGGCCGGCAUUCGUGAAGACCGAAGGCCCAGCAGCCAUUUCCUGGACUUUGAGAGGAUUGUUGAUUUGAUUUUAGCCUCUAUCCCAACAGGCCCGAUUUCAUGGUCAGUUGGGUAAAUCACAAAAAUAAGCCUUUCUCAAAAACAAGCUGAACAGAAAUAUUUGUGCCUCUGGGAAAAGAAACAUGGUGAAGACAGGCUAAGGUUGUCAGGGCAGAGAGCUCAAGAGCAGAAGACGAUGACUGUGGACCCCUCUGUGGUAGAAAUGUUUCCUCUAUGGCCUUUGCCCCAGUUGCGGCGAGGUCUCUGUACACAGCGGGUGAAAUGCUGUGUUUCCGUUGAUAGGCUGUGUCCUAAUUAGUUUCAUCUGCUUCCCUGGGAGCCUCCCAAGCAGAGGCUCAGAGCUGCUGGGAUGAGAGCUGGAUUAGGAGAAUCUGCUUAGAUGACUGAAAACUCCCACAGCUGCAGAUAGUUGCUCCAGGUUACAGUGAGCCACUGACCUUGGCUUACCUUAGAGGAAUUUCCUCGAGAACAGCAGAGAUAAGAAAAGGCAGGCCUGGCCAAUUCAUCAGCUCUGAAUGCCCCUUUCCUCUGCUGGCAUAGGCUUUGUUUAGUCUUAAAUGUUAGGGACCAGCUCAUGCCAGUUGAAAAAUUGGAAAGCGGCACUCCAGGCUGAAUGACAGUGGCAACAGAAAUGCAGUAUUGUCUGCCUUCCUGACUGCCCUCAGUUUCCUUCCCUGAGACAGCAGCCCAGGGCUGGUGCCGGCUGUGGAGACUGGGUGAGCCUCAUUUGCACAAUGGGCAAAUCAUUUACAUCUCUAAAGAGGGCACAGUUAUAUGUAGCUCUUUCCAUGGACAGAAUGUGUAAGAACCAGAGGUUGAUUAGUAAGAAUUUGAAUUUGCUGGCUGUUGCAUUAGUUUUUGAAUUUAAAAUAUUAUGAUGAGUAGCAUGUGAGGACCUUUUUAAUAUUCAGGCUUUGGAAAGUUUAGUUGCUACAGGAAUGUGGUUGCUUUAGGUCCUAGGAGUAUUGUUAAAAAUCAGAUUUACCAUAUUCACUCUGUUCUCUGUUUGGGGAAAGAAAAUGGCCAUAGACAUUAGUUUUUUCAAAUUGGUACUCAUUUUGUAAGACGACACAUCUUCAGUGCUACUGUUAAUUGGAUAAUUUUUCCCGCCCUUGCAACUCCUACACCCCAGCUCCCAACUGAUUGCAGUUAUAUUCAUCUGAACUUUAUCAUCCAAGGAUCACCUGAAAUCUGUUUACAGGCAACACUGAAAGUAACAGCUUGUCUUUUUAACUCUCCAGUGUUGGGAAUUUGACCAGGAGCUGUUGAUUUAGUUGUCAGGGCACACAAGUGCCUAUCUCAUUUGUAUGCCAUUUCUUUUUAAGUGCGUUAGGUGGUUUUUCUUGAUGGAUUGAGGGCUUCCUCUAGUUAAUAAUAAAGUUUUUCCCAGGUGAUUGUCAA